AUGCUAGAGACUUUUCUGAGGAAUCAUCCUCCUACUUUCAAGGGAAGAUAUGACCAUGAUGGAGCUCAGACUUGGCUCAAAGAGAUAGAGAGAGUGUUUCGUGUGAUGCAGUGUUCAGAGGUUCAGAAGGUGCGUUUUGGUAUGCACAUGCUAGCUGAAGAAGCUAAUGACUGGCGAGAGUUCCUAAACAGAUACUUUCCGGAAGAUGUUCGCGGGAAGAAAGAGACUGAGUUCCUAGAGCUGAAACAAGGGAACAUGUCAGUGACAGAGUAUGCUGCCAAGCGGCCUAAGAAGAAAGAUGCUCCUGCUGAAAUUGUCUGCUAUACUUGUGGUGAGAAAGGCCACAAGAGUAAUGCUUGUCCUGGGGAUGUGAAGAGGUGUUUUCGCUGUGGUAAGAAAGGUCAUGCACUAGCUGAGUGCAAACAUGAUGAUAUUGUGUGUUUCAAUUGCAAUGAGGAAGGUCACAUUGGUUCACAGUGCAAGAAGCCUAAGAAGGCACAGACUACUAGUAGAGUUUUUGCAUUGACUGGUACUCAGACGAGGAUCUCUUGA